AUGGCCGAUCCACGAAUGGACCGAUUGGAAGCGCAAAUUUCCAGUCUUCAAUCCGUGUUAGAGAAGCUCAUGAAACACAGUUCAGAUCAAGCCAAAACAUUGGCUGACAAUUCCAAGAUGGUGACAGCAAAUUCCAAAAAUAUGGCAGAAAUCAACAAUGUUCUAUCCCAAAGCGGAAAGAAUGUUGGAGAAAAUUCUGUAUCCAAAAAUAAAGACAAGACAGUCCACAACUCUUCAACCGCUUCAAAAUUAACAAAGCUGGAUUUUCCAAGAUACAACAGGGAGGAGGAUCUGACCAGCUGGAUUUGUCGAGUAGAGCAAUUCUUUGAGUUUCAAAGAACCGAAAACCAUGAAAAGAUCCUUAUGGCAGCUUACCAUCUCGAAGGAGAAGCUCAUAUGUGGUAUCAAUUAAUCCGUGAAAGCGAGGAAAUCUUAAUGUGGGAAUCCUUGAAGGUAGCACUCCACAUCUGCUAUGGCCCAACCGUGUAUGAAGAUCAUUUCGGCAAUCUCACGAAGUUGCAGCAAACCGGGACUGUGAAGGAAUAUCAUAUGCAAUUUGAACAACUCCUGAGCCGUGUGGGAAGAAUGUCACAACCCCAUCAGUUGGGGUGUUUCAUCAGUGGGCUUAAAGGGACUCUGAAGACAGAGGUACAAGCCUCACGCCCCAAUUCGUUAACUGAGGCCAUCGGUGUGGCUAGGCUUUACGAAGCACGUAAUCUCAGCAUGAAGAAAUCUCCUAUUUACGAAGACAGACGCAUAGGACCCAGAGAUGCGUUUCCUCCGUUGCCAUCAUCCAAUUUGACCUGCAACAAACCAAUUCCAAGUCGUCGUCUCUCACCAGCAGAGAUGCAGGAUCGCCGGUCAAAGGGGUUAUGCUUCAAUUGCGACGACAAAUUUAUUCCCGGACAUCGAUGCAAAAAAUUAUUUGUCAUAGAAGGGAUAUACACGAAAGAGGAAGAAGGAGCAGAAGCCGAAGACCAUGACAAUCAGGAGUGGUUUAGGGAGCAACCGAUCAUAUCCCUCCAAGCUUUGACGGGAACUCCAAAUCCUCACACCAUGCGUGUAGGUGGGUAUUUGGGUAACUUGAGGGUGAUAGUGUUGAUGGAUUCGGGAAGCACCCACAAUUUCCUCAACCCUCAAAUAGCCCAUCAACUGGGAUUGAAACCCAAAGAAGGAGGAAUGAACGUAACAAUGGCCAAUAGGGAGAAAAUUAGCUGUACCGGGUUGUGUACAUUGGUCUUAAUUUGGCUACAAGGUGAGCCCUUCUUGGUUGAUUUUUUUAUACUAACUAUGGAUGUCUGUGAAGUAGUCUUGGGUACACAGUGGCUACGCACAUUAGGGCCAAUUUGGUGGGAUUUUACUAUUUUGUUGAUGAGGUUUAAAUGGAAAAUUAAUGAAUUGGAGUUGAGAGGUAUUCGGCCUCCAGUAAAUCGGAUAGUAGAGGAACAAGAGAUUCAGAGGGAGCUGAAGAAAAUAAGGUGCGGCUGGGUGUGCCACGUUCAACCCUGCCUAAAAAGGAACCAUGCCCAGAUGCGGUUACAUGCAAUUGUGCUUGGGGCUCAACAAACAGGAAAAGAAUCGAUGGACCAACAGGUUUCUAUCAUCUUGAGUGAGUUUGAUGAAUUAUUCAAAGAACCACGGGGGUUAUCCCCUACAAGAAGCCACGACCAUCAAAUUCGGUUGACACCUGGAAGUGGACCAACAAAUGUCCGGCCCUAUAGAUAUCCCUACUACCAAAAAAUUGAAAUUGAAAAAAUGGUUUCUGCUUUGCUACAAACAGGGGUGGUUCAACCUAGCACUAGUCCAUAUUCCUCACCGGUGUUAUUAGUGAAGAAACAUGAUGGUUCGUGGAGACUUUGUGUAGAUUAUCGUGCUUUAAACCAGGUUACGGUGAAGGACAAAUUUCCAAUCCCCGUAAUUGAUGAGUUGCUCGACGAGCUUAGUGGAGCACAAGUGUUCUCCAAAUUGGAUCUCAGGUCUGGUUACCAUCAGAUUCGCAUGGCAACCGAUGACAUUGAGAAAACUGCAUUCCGGACUCAUCACGGUCACUAUGAAUUUCUAGUGAUGCCAUUUGGGUUAACCAAUGCCCUCUCAACGUUUCAGGCUCUCAUGAAUGUAAUUUUUUCUCACUUAUUGCGAAGCAAGACAUGGGCUGAGCAUCGGCUACAUCUCCGAGAAGUGCUUGGAAUUUUACAAACUAACCAACUGUUUGUACGACGAGAGAAGUGCCAAUUUGGGCAAGGUUCGGUAAGCUAUUUGGGUCACAUGAUUUCCAGUCAAGGUGUGGCUAUGGAUCCAGAAAAAAUUGAAGCCAUGGUGCAAUGGCCCAAACCAACCAACAUUAAGGCUCUAAGGGGAUUUUUGGGGUUAACUGGCUACUACAGAAAAUUUAUUCAGGACUAUGGAACAAUUGCUGCACCUCUGACGCUGUUACUAAAAAAAGAUGCUUUCAUUUGGUCAAAAGCAGCCAGCCAAGCUUUCAACAAUUUAAAACACGUCAUGACUACAGGUUCAGUUCUUACCUUACCCGAUUUCAACAAAACAUUUGUGGUGGAAUGCGAUGCAUCAGGCACGGGAGUAGGGGCGGUCCUCAUGCAAGAGUGUAGACCUAUUGCCUUUUUCAGUCAGGCGAUCAAAGGUAGAAAUUUAUCACUUUCCACCUAUGAAAAAGAAAUGAUGGCUCUUAUUGCAGCAGUUCAAAAGUGGCAUCCAUAUUUACUGGGACAACGCUUUGUAGUUCGAACCGAUCAAAAGAGUCUACGUCACUUGUUGGAGCAAACCAUUACUACUGAUGCACAUCAGAAAUGGUUAGUGAAAUUACUUGGAUAUGAUUUUUCUAUUGAGUAUAAAAAGGGUUUAGAAAAUUCAGCUGCAGAUGACCUCUCCAGAAUAGACCAUGGGACAUUAACAACAUUGUCUCUCCCAGUGCCUCAUUGGGUGGAACCUAUUAAGGAAGAAAUCAAGCAAGAAGAUGAGCUGAAAAAAAUGGUGGAAAACAUCCAACAGGGCACGGCUUCAAGGUCAUGGGGUUUUAAAUUCGGGUUGAUAUUUUAUCAAGACCGCAUCUAUCUACGCCCUCAAUCCCUGCUAACAAAGGCCAUAAUUCACGAGUUCCAUAGUGGAUCGCAUGAAGGGUUUCACAAAAUGUGGCAUCGCCUCAAAUCAGUUUUUUAUUGGCCUGGAGCGUGUGCACAAGUAAAAGCAUACCUAAGGGAGUGUGAUGUGUGUCAGCGUAACAAAACUGAGCUCAGGUUACCAGCCGGGCUACUUCAACCUUUGCCAAUUCCCACCUCAAUUUGGAGUGACAUAUCCAUGGAGUUUAUAGAUGGGCUACCCAAGUCACAAGGUAAAUCUGUUAUCUUUGUGGUGGUAGAUAGAUUGUCAAAGUAUGCACAUUUCAGGGCUUUGAAACAUCCAUAUUCAGCCUCGUUAGUGGCUCAAGAGUUUUUUGACCAAAUUUUCAAAUUGCAUGGAAUGCCCUCAUCUAUUGUUUGUGAUCGGGACCCAAUUUUUACAAGCAAUUUCUGGAAGGAGCUAUUCUGUUUACAAGUACAGCUCGGGUGGAGGCAGUGGGAAAAACUUUGGAGGAAUGAGAUGAGAUUUAUUGGUGUUCGACUUAAGUUAGCACAAGCUCAAAAUCGGAUGAAACAGGUUUAUGACAAGGGUCAUACAGAGCGGGAAUUUCAGGAGGAAGAUUUGGUAUAUGUGCGCCUACAACCCUACAGGCAACACACUGUGGCUAGGAGAUUGAAUUUGAAAUUAGCAGCAAAGUAUUAUGGUCCCUAUCAUGUGAUACAGAGGUUGGGAAAGGUAGCAUACAAGCUGGAAUUACCAGUGGAAUCUAAAAUACACCCGGUGUUUCAUGUGUCUUUACUAAAAAAACAUUUGGGGCCAACAACAACAUUCAGCACUCAGUCGCCCAAGGCACCUUAUGCUGAACGUGUGAUAGUUCCCCAAGCUAUUUUGGAUGUUCGAGGUACAGCUCACAAGAAGGAAGUCUUGGUUCACUGGCGCGGCUAUAGUCCUGCAGAUGCUACAUGGGAGAAAAGCAACGUGAUGGAGCAGCAAUUUCCAGAAGUUAUCCUUGAGGGCAAGGAUUUUUUCAACAAAGGAGGAAUGUUAGGGAAUGAACAAGUAGAGGUUGAUUGA